AUGUUGGAAGGGACUGCUGUCAAGCGGCGGUUGAGCUGGGGUGCGAUCUACCUUUGGGCAGUAGGGGUGACAGGGGCUGUUGAAAGACUCUGGCCUUGUCCGGAGCCCUGCCAGUGUAACAGGGAGGUGCUGGAGGUGAACUGCUCUGAAUGCCAACUUACCACGGUGCCCAACGGCUUCCCAGAAGACUCUCAACUCCUGAACUUAACUCAUAACAACAUCAAGACGGUGGUGCAACAGCAAUUCAAGACUCUAACACAUCUGUGGGACUUAGAUUUAAGUGACAACAUACUGGUCAUGAUCGAAGUGGAAGCCUUUCUCGGCUUGCAAAGCUUGCUGACCCUGCGUCUCGCCCGCAACCGCCUGAAGUUCAUUCCAGUGGGGGCAUUUGCAGGCUUGCCAAAACUGCAGCUGCUGGACAUAAGUGAAAACGAGAUCCUGGUUUUUCUGGAUUUUACAUUCAGAGACUUGCAGUCUCUUCAGUGUAUGGAGGCAGGAGAAAAUGACCUCGUAUUUAUUUCCCACCAUGCAUUCUCAGGCCUAACAAGUCUUCACGAUUUGCAUCUAGACAGUUGCAAUCUGACUGCUGUGCCAACCGAGGCGCUCACACAACUUAGUGGGCUGAUAAGCCUUCGUUUUCACCACCUUGGCCUCACCAUGCUGCCAAACUACUCGUUCCGUCGUCUGGGGCGCCUCAAGAAGCUUGUCAUUUCCUAUUCUUCUUGGCUUGAGGCUCUGGCAGGAAACAGCCUCUUUGGACUAAAUCUCACAUCGCUAACCAUUAGCAACUGCAACCUCAGUGCUGUACCCUAUGCCGCAUUGCAUCACCUUGUAUAUCUUAUAUACCUUGAUCUAUCCUUUAAUCCCAUCACCCACAUCCAAGGGAACCACCUCGGGGACCUGUUGAGGCUCAGAGAGUUUCAUCUGGUCAUGGGAAGACUCUUGCAUGUUGAGCCUGGAGCAUUUCAUGGUUUGACACACUUCAGUUUGCUCAAUGCCUCAGGAAACCUUCUGACCACACUCGAGGAAGGAGCUUUUCACUCAGUGAGCAACCUGGAAGUCCUGAGGCUCGAUAACAACCCGCUAGCAUGUGACUGUCGUUUGCUGUGGGUGGUGCGCAGGCGCCUGUAUCUUGACUUUGAUGGACGUCCACCUAUCUGUACUACCUCAGUCCAACUGCAAGGCUGGAAUUUUCUAGACUUUUCCAAUGCUGAGCUCCCAGGCUUGUUCACCUGUCGCCAGGCUCGAAUUUUGAACCGCAAACCUCAGGAGAUAAGGGUAGACGAAGGUCAAACUGUAUUGUUUUACUGCAAUGCAGAUGGUGACCCAGCGCCCUCAAUCAGCUGGCUAAACCCAAAGUAUGUAGAUAUAUCAACCAUUGGCAGGAUACGAGUUCUUGCGAACAACUCACUGGAGGUUCGCUAUGCACAGGUUCAGGACAGCGGUACUUAUCUUUGUGUGGCAUCAAACGCAGCAGGAAAUGAUAGUGUCCCCGUCAGCCUCCAUGUCCAUGGGUUUCCAUCAUCUUCCCGAAAACCUUUUCAUCUGGAAAGUUGGUUUCCCUUCCCAUCCGGCUCUCCAGCCCAAAACGGGACUCAACAGUUGUCAUUUGAUGUAAAAACUCUCUUAAUCGCAGUAACUAUUGGGUUCCUUUCAUUUUUCAGCUCUGUGACCAUAUGUUUCAUUUUCAUGUUCGUCUGGAGUAAGAGCAAAGGGAAAUUAAAGCGCACAGCCACAAUUGCGUACGUGCCUCGAAGUGCCACGAAAAAUAACGGGGGCACGGGCAACUACAUGGAACCAGGCAGGCUCACAAUGAAGUUAAUUUGA